CCGGAUACGGCAAAAGUUUAAUCUAUCAACUAGCUCUGCUACAUUCAGAAGGAAGAGCUCAAACCUUGUGAUAGCAAUCAUCCGUCCUACUGAAAUGCUCAUGAGCAAGGCAUGUCUGGUGCUGGAACUCAUCUCCUAAGUGUCAAGACAGAUUUCAUUAAAUACUUCAGGAAGUUCCCCAUGACUUCUCACUCGUAAGUAGUGUAAGUGGAAUGCUGUUCAGCUCCAACAGCGUGUUCACAAGGUGUGAUCUAAUAAUAGCCUGUGUCAGUGUGGGACACUGAUUGAGAGCUGUUGCAGGGGUUUUUGUUUGGCUCCCGGUGUACCUAGGCGAAGCAGGGCUUGUCUUUCACACACAGUUGUGAUCAUGUGUAUAACACAUUCCUUCGUGGACAGAAGGACAGGAGAGGAAAAAGCAACCACCUAAAUAAAACAAGUCUUCCAGUAGAACCAGUUUAACAAGCUUUACAGAACUAAUGAAAUACCGGGCAGCCAACUGUUCUGGUUGAAGUUUCAGGCAGCAUGUGUGUGUUUGUGUUGCUCCCAUGCCUCAGUUGACCGUUGCAUACCCCAAAGGUCCAGCGGGUACGGGACAGGGACAGGGACGGGGAGUGGGCCGGGAGUGGGCCUGUCAAUGGAUGGAGGAGGUAAAGGAGGACGAGGAGGAGAACCUGCUGACAGGAGCCAAAAACAGCACAGGAGUGGUUCAAACAAAGCCCCAGUCGUUCAUCAUCACCCACAGCAAACAUCUUGGUCACAGACUGUGAGGAAAGCCUGGUACACCUUUGCUCCGGUGGGUGUAGUGUGGUCAGUGUGCCAGCUGGAGGCACCGCUGCAGCAGCCCUCUCUGUUCCUGCUGGAUGUGUGCUGGAGGCUGCUGUGGCUGGCUUCGCUGUGGAUGGCUCUGGCAGGUUGCGUCCAUGCCCUGAAGUGGCGCCUGCGGCCAGGACACAACCAGGGGGAGUCUCCACUGAGGACACAGCAGGACGUUGUUACAGAAAACAGGAAUAACCACUAUUUAUGGAUGUCCCAGUCGAGGAGCCCGGGCCACGACGUUGCUCUGGCCUUUGCCCUGGCCAACAGCCUGCUGCUGUGUGUGCUUCAGGAGCCCCUGCCAGACCCCAGGGGGCCCCAGAUCAAGGCUCUCCUCUCCAGGCUGGAGUCCGUGUCUCACACACUUGAGAAGGCUGAUGUUGGGUCAGAGGAGACACUGGAGGAAGUGGGCCGAGCGUCUGUACUGAUAGACAAAGUGAAUCUCAUCCGCAAAUACCUGCAGCAGAGGAUGAGGUCCCUGUGUAGACUGGUCCAGGUACAGGGGGAUUUUGAAGCCAGUGUGAAGGACAUGCUGGAGGGCCUGGAAGGCCUCUGGGCCCAGCUGGAGGAGCUGCACACUGGGGUCACGCUCACCAAAGAGGGGGGCCGAGGCCACGGAGACCUGGCCUCUGCCCAGGCAGAUGCAGAGACUUUGUUCGCAGUCUUGGGUCACUACAGGAACCGCCUUCAGUGCUGCCAGGCUCGUCUGAGGGACAGCACACAGCUACUGCAGGAGUUAACCUGGAGUCACACUCAUAUGAGCAACAGUGUGAGCAGCAGCAGUGAGGCAGUCUGGCCAGAGCUGUUGCUUCAGUCCAACAUCGAGCAGUUUGACAAGGUGCAGGAGAGUUUCCUCUCCGUGGAACAACAGACCUCUACGUUCCAGGCCCACCUGGAGGGACUUGGGAUGGGGGAUCAGGAGGGACAUGCAGGGCCCCUCGCUCACGCCAACGGGGCCCGUUCCCACUCGGCCUUUCCACAGACCUCCCUACAUCUCCACGCUGACGUGCAGCGCCGUUAUUCCACCUCUGCAUCCACGUCUGUCUCCUCGACGGAAGUAGACACGGACACGGACACGGAGACGGGCGGUCCUCUCUCGCUGUGUGAGAGGUCGGCUCUGCAGUUCACCUCCACUAUCGAGCGCCUGCGUAAAUCUGGAAGGCGGAAGUGACUUUUAAUCGGACCGUGCUUGGAACGGAGAGGUUUAAAUUAACAAGGGGGGGAAUAUUUUCUGUGUUUACAUUACUGUGGCUUUUGUGUGUGUUUUUACUACUCAAAAAUGUCUUUUUUUAUUUUUAAAUUGCUUUUGUAUUUUGCUUUUAAAUUUUUCAUUUCAAACACUGUGGUAGAUAAGAGCGGGCAAGAGCAGCUUUCAUAUUGCAAGGAAUAUUUCAAACACAAGGGGGCACACUGUCACCAGUUAUCACAAACAUAAAUCACAUCACCCAUUCAACAUUUCAACUUUAUUAUACUAUCCAACCAUCCAUAUACCGUAUAGUCACAGUGAGGGACCAUUGCCCAGACCUUACCCUUCCAAUCGACUUUAUAGCAGAAACAUGUUGGACAGGCUUCUCAAACAUAUGGCCCAUAAAUGUGUUUCUCUAAGAUCAGAACAGUCGGCCAUAUCUCGUGUUCUAACACAAAAUAACUUUACUCUCAUAAUGUGAUGAAUGAGAUCCAGGGGUAUAUUUCAGGUGUAACCGAAUUCCACGUGCUGAUUUAAUUUCUCAACCAGCCGAAUAAUGGACUAUUAGAUUUGAUGAUGCAUUUUCUCAUUAUUGUGCCUCUUGCUUUGAAGCCUUAUCCAAUGUCAAUGUUACAACUCUUUUAACCAAUGAUGUUAAAGUUUUUUUUUUAAAAGGAGCUUUUAUACGCAUCUAUGAUUUAAAGAUGUUCUUCUAACGUGCAGGAGGACCAGGUUACAGUUAAAAAAUCCCAGAUUUUUA